AUGACACUUGGCACGGGAAAGAGAUCUUAUCGGGCUUGCGUCAGGUGUCGCAGUCGCAAGUCAAAGUGUAACUUCCGGGUUGUAAACGCCGCUAAUCUGAAUCUUAGUGAAGGGGUAGGAGAGCCCAUGAAGCCUCCAUGUGUAUCAUGUUACUACUCCGGAAGUAAAUGUAUCAUACCGGAUCGUGGACGGUCUCGGAAGUAUGCAGUUGAGCGUGCCGAUGGUGCCUCAAUUCAACAGGCCGAAACUCCCAGCCCAUCGCCAAGACUUGCAUCGUCAGCGGUUAAUGAUGAUGGAUUGAUUCAGAGAGGGCGAGAGGGGGAAGAAGCUAGUGAUGAGGAUAUGCAUGAAGUAGACGAGAACACUGAGAUGGGACUGAGGAAUCCGUCCGAUGCACUGCAUAUCCUGACGCGAUCUGGCCCUGCUACGUUGGGGGAGAAUCGUCCCCGGGGAGGCCACCAGUACGUUCUUGACCCCGAGGAUGCGGAACCUGGACCAGCUGGGUCUGAAGCAGACUCAGCAGGUGGCAGGGGUUGCCAUGUUGCGAAACCAAGACAUGGCUCUUUCGGGGAACGGAGGUCCAUUCUGGAUGAGUACGAGUUGACACAAAUUGGCGUCCUUCAUUCAGACGAUGUCCUCGAGCUUCUCACAAUAUACGUACGAGAAUACCAUCCCUACUGCCCCUUAGUGCCAGCUUAUCUUCUUGGACCGUCAGCUUUGGAACGCAUCCGCAGGGUUGACUUCUUCCUCUUGACGGUCAUCCUCACAAUUGCAUCAAGAGACUCCACGAAACACUCCGUUAUUCAUCGUUAUUGUUGGAAUCAUGCCCAGAGCCUGUUGCUCAAGGUUCUUCUGGCAGUUCCGUGGACACAAACUCCUCGAACUGUCGAAGGUCUCUUGCUGCUAUCCGAAUGGCUGCCUCAUGUUGAGAGCGGAUAUCUGACCUCUGGCAAUCCGAAGGAUGUCUUCAGAGAGGGGAGAACAACUUGGUCUCUGGUUGGCCAGGCCGUAAGACUGGGAUACGCUCUUCGUCUGGAUCGCGCAGCUUUCAGGGGUAACGGCAACAGCACGUCUCAGAACCAGGACCAGAAUCGGCUGAUAUGGAUGUUCACUUACAUCGCUGAUCGACAAAUAUCUGUCCGUCUUGGCCAAUCCUUCUGGUCCCGAGGUCCCUCUCUGUCGUCCAACUUCACCGCCAAAGACUUCCCGACCCUCCAUCCCACACCUGGAUUAAUAGACGAGAACUAUGCUUUGAUCCUGCAAGCUAAUCUGGAACUCACCCAAAUCUUACACAACGCACAUGCAGUUCUGUACUCUUCAACUGAGAGGACACUAUCGAUGAUCCAUGAGGGAGAUUAUCCUCGAUAUCUGGACGACUUCAUGGAAUCGGCGACGCAUUGGGAUUCGCGAUGGAAAGACAUGCAAGUUUCACCGAAUAUAAAGCAUGCGCUACGCUUGCUGUAUGAGUACGUGUGCUUGUACAUCAACGCCUUUUCGUUCCAUGCUGUUUUGACGCGAGCGUCGAGGCCACGAGCAUCAGAGAGGUACAGGCUUGCCAGAACACAGCCUCUUGAUUCGUGUUUCAACGGGGGAAUCAUGUCCUCACCGGAUGCGAGAUACAUAAUAGGAGCGAUCAGCGCCGCGAGAAGUUUGCUUGGUGUCAUGAACGAACUGGACCCGAAGCACACUCUUCGGUAUUUACCGUCGCGGUAUCACUUAUACGGCUUGUAUGCUGCUGUCUUCUUGCAUAAGGCUCUAGAUGCAGAUGCAAUCCAGGGAACCACUCAGAAAGAAGAGGUCACAAGUCUAGCGCAGCGGUUCAUCGCUGCUCAGAAGGAGGUGUCAUCGACAGAGUCGCACAUCUGCCAUGGAUACAGCGAUCUUUUGAAAAAGCUGUGGAGUUCCAAUGGAUCAAAACGUGUGCCCGCUACUCAAAAUGACACUACCUCAUCGACAACCCUGGUGGCUGACACGUUCCCGAAGGCGCUUCUGCAGGACCCCCCUUAUCCUGUCGCCGACAGUGUUGUUACUUUGGGUUGCGGAGACCGUAUGUCUACAUCAAACGUUUCUGACCUAGCGGCUCUCGAGGGCGGUACACCGGACUUUACGUCCUUCGAGAGCUACCUCUUCGGGUCGCUGUGGCCGGAGUUGGCGAGUGUUGGUGACUCUGGUGAGCAGGGAUGUCUUGAUCAAGAUGUUCAAUUCGGUUUCAACUUUGGCAGCGUUUUGUGA